UGGUCAACCCGGAAGUUUCUGCUCUGUCCCGUGCGUCGCAUGUCUACAUGUCCCCGUCGCACAGUUACAUCGCAGCUAAAUCUGAAUCGUGAAAUAUAUUUUUGACAUACCCACUAUAUAUAUAAUUAGUUUGUGUUUGUGUGUGUUUUUUGGCCGCGGAGCCAGCAGACAUGGCGGACGAGGUGCGCUGCCUGAAGGCUCGGCUCGAGGAGAGAGAGAAAGAGAUCGCUGCUCUGAAGAAUAAACUGGCCCGAGUGGAAAAGGGCUGUGCCCCAGUACCGGAGCUGUAUGAGAAAGUGACACCCCUAACCCCCCUGAGAGCCAAGACAGCCCUGAGCAAUGAGGACAUCAUGCGGUACAGCAGACAGCUCCUCUUGCCAGAGCUGGGUGUACAAGGUCAGCUUAAUUUAUCCAAGACCUCAGUGCUGGUUGUGGGCUGCGGAGGACUGGGCUGCCCCCUGGCACAGUAUCUCGCUGCUGCAGGCAUCGGGCGCCUGGGCCUGCUGGACUAUGACGAGGUGGAGCUCAGUAACCUGCACAGACAGGUGCUUCACGGGGAGGAGACGCAGGGCCAGGCGAAGGCCCUGUCUGCUGCCAGUGCAGUUAAAAGGUUGAACUCAACGGUGGAGUGUCUUCCCUACCGCCUGCAGCUCUCGCCGGGGAACGCCCUGCAACUCAUCCAACAAUAUGACAUUGUGGCGGAUUGUUCAGACAAUGUCCCCACUCGGUAUCUGGUGAACGACGCCUGCGUGCUCAGCGGCAAGCCUCUGGUGUCAGCGAGCGCCCUGAGGAUGGAGGGACAGCUGACAGUAUAUAACUACCGUGGAGGGCCCCUGCUACAGAUGUCUGUACCCGGUGACCCCCCACCCCCAGAGACGGUGACCAACUGUUCUGACGGAGGGGUGUUAGGAAGUGGGGUGAGUCUUUUCCGGGGAAUAAUGGGCUGCUUCCAAGCUUUGGAAGUCCUCAAGAUUGCCUCCUGGAACAAGGCUUCAAGCUUGGUGAUGUUCGACGCUCAAGACACCAGAUUCAGGUCCAUCAAGCUGCGGCCCAAGCAGGCCGGCUGUGCAGUGUGCGGAGAGGAGCCCAGUGUAAACAGUUUGGUGGACUACGAGGCUUUCUGUGGAUCUGCUUCCACAGAUAUAGGUUGUGGCCGCAAACUCCACCUCCUUUCCGGAGGCCAGAGGAGGAUCACGGUACAGGAUUAUAAAUUGAUAAUGGACAAGGCAGAGCCCCAUCUCUUGUUGGAUGUGCGCCCUCUUGUGGAGGUUGAUAUAUGCCACUUACCUUUCUCCCUCAACAUUCCCCUCUCAAGGUUAGAGGAGAGGAAGAGUGAACACAUCCGAUUACUUCAGGAGAGAAUCACGUUGAAGCUGCAGAUGGAGGGCGACUGCCGGCCUCCCAGGUACUUGUCUGAACUCCAUUGUAACGUGAUCUGUAAGAUGGCAACGGACUCCCAGAAGGCGGUGCAGGCUUUGGAGAAGAUGAGUGGGUCCGAAGUGGACAGUGUCUCAGUGAAAGACAUCUGUGGAGGCCUCACGGCUUGGGCAAAGACAAUAGACCCCACAUUCCCACAGUAUUAAUCCAUUUUAUACUGUGUAUGUGUGUGUGUGUAUAUGUAUACACUUUUUUUUUGUCAAUAAACUAUUUUUCAUCAUUG